AUGGCGGACAAAAGAAUCAUGCAGCAUACCGUAGCAGUGUACACGCUGUAUAUUUUGGUCUGUCGGUGGACGAGUGCUGCGGUUCACUACAGAGAGAACCCCGAGUACUUGCUGGAGCUGUGUGAUACAAAACUGUCAAAUGAUGUUAAAGAUGAAGGGUGUCGAGAGGCCAAGAACGCGACUUUGGUGAAAAGACACACGUUCAUGUCUUCCAUAUGGUGUGCAAAACAGUGUUGGAAAGACAAAUUCAAGUAUUCUCUUGUCAAACGAGGGGACCACUGUCUCUGUUCUCAAGUCCUGGGGAACCAGGUAGACAGCCAAAAGUGUAACAUCCCCUGUCCGUCAGCAAAGGCCCAGAACUGUGGUGGCUAUCACGUGGUGUAUGUCCUCUGUACAGGAUUUGUACCAUUUAACUGGCGACGUCUUCAGAAGAUGUACAACGACGCUAUGAAGUUCAAACAGAAACGGGCACACCAGAGGACGAAGACUAUGGCCAAAUACGACAACGGUAAAUGCAUCAAGUGGACGCCGAAGAAUGCCUUGACAAUCGACUCACAAAUAAUGACCGUCGAGAUGUGCGUCGUCCACUGCUUCCACUACAAAUACGUCUACGCCAUGCUCACGCUCAGCACGUACUGCAAGUGUACAUCUGACUCACCGGAAGUCCAGUCUUCAGGAAGAACCAUGGAGCAGAUUCUGGAGCGAGGCGAGAAGACGUCUUGUACCCGGCCAUGCGGAGGCAACCGGAAACAGAUCUGUGGCGGCGCCAUGGACGUUAACAGCGUCCACCUCACGGGUCACUACGGCUCCAAGGACCACGUCAGCAGCAAGGAGGUCAAGAAGCUGCCAGCUCUUGAAAGCCACUGGAAGAAUUACUUUCUGAAGAAUAAAGACGUGUUGCUGGGCGCUGCCAAGGGGAAUGGGAUCGUGUUGAGAGCGGCCGCAAGUACAACCCCCGGUACUGAUGUGGACAUACUGGACAAAGGGUCCGGCCAUGGAAACAUCACCGCCAAAGUCGUAGCCGUCGUCGCAUGUGUGGGGCUGAUUGGGGUCGUCGUCGCCCUUAUUGUCGUCAUCAAAAGGCGCAAGAAGGAAACUCCCGGACAACAAUCGCAUCGUGGCAAGACGAAAUCGAAGAGGGAUAAAAAGUCAAGGAGGUCAGGCAAAAGGAAGAAGCGCAGUCGGGAUAUGUCAAAGGACGGUUCCAAAGAGAAGAAAAAUAGAAAAAAUAAAAAAUGAAUAAAUCUUGUCAAUUUGUAAAA